AUGUUCUACGCCGCUCGUCAUGUUAAAUUGCCUCCUGGUCCGCGUCCGUUACCUCUGCUUGGGAACAUCCUCCGAUUACCCCACGACUUUCAGGAGAAGACGUUCGCCCAGUGGGGUGCACAAUACGGUGAUGUCGUCUCCGCGCGGUUCUUCCGCACCCCUGCCUUGGUGAUCAAUUCUCUGCAGGCAGCACGGGAUCUGCUGGAAAGAAGAAGUGCAACUUAUUCUGAUAGGCCGCGUUUCGUCUACAUGGGUGCGCUGAUGGGCUGGAAAGCCAUGAUCACACUUAGGUCUACGGAUAUACGCUUUCGGAGGCAUCGUACGUGGAUGCAGAGUGCGUUGAAAGAUAAGGCGGCGCUGCUACACGCUCCGGAACAUUAUUCUGCUCAAUUCAGAAGGUUUGCCGCCGGCACCGUUGUGGAAAUAGCGUACAGUCACACCGUCAAAAAUGACGACGACGAUUACGUCCGCAUGGCGGAGAAGGUAAUGAUAGAAGUGACAACUCAUGGAGCUCCCGGAGGGACACUGAUUGAUCUCUUACCUGCCUUGAAAUACUGGCCCUCGUGGCUUCCAGGAGGCUCCAUGAAGCGACGAGCUACCAAUGCUAGCAAGCUGGUGAGGGAGAUGCUAGAUGCUCCAUUCGCAAUGGUUAAACAAGGAAUGGCCUCUGGGACUGCCUCACCGUCCUUUGCAUUAGAUCUCCUACGGGAAGCAUCUGGUGAAAGGCCGCUUACGGAACAGGACGAGGAAGAUAUCAAAGGCGUCUCCGGUACGGCUGCGACGCUGGAAGUGUUCUUGCUCGCGAUGGUUCUGAACCCCGCCGUAUACAAAAAGGCCCAGGCAGAAAUUGACCGAGUCGUCGGGAAAGAGCGUCUUCCAGACUUCGAUGACCGUCUCUCGCUUCCCUAUUUAGAAUGCCUGAUCAAGGAAACGUAUCGCUUAAUCCACAUAGGUAUACCGCACCGAUCGGUCUCUACGGACAGUUACCGUGGAUACGAUAUCAUGGCAGGCUCCAUGGUCAUUCCGAACAUUUGGGCAAUCUCGCGGGCUCCAACAAUGUACCCUGAGCCGGAUGCCUUCCGCCCUGAACGUUUUGAACAGGACGGUAUCGUCGAUCCGCGGAAUGAUGAAGUAGCAACGAUGACUGAUGGAAUAUGGCUAAGCAUUUGUCCUGGCCGACAUGUCGCGGAUGGAAGCGUAUGGCUUGCCAUUGCAAACAUCGUAGCGGCAUUCGAUAUUUUCAAGGUUCAAGACAAUAGAGGGCUGGACAUCGUUCCUCGGCAAGCCUUUACGUCUGGAUUCACAAGCCGACCUGUUGAUUUCGUAUGCACCAUCAAGCCGAGGACCGACAAAAUUCACUCUGUGAUCGCCAAAAUGAGCGAAGGACUCAGCGUUUGA